UAAGAACGGUUGCUGAGUUGGUGUCACUGCCUUUUUGUGAGUGAUGAAUUUUCUGUGGUUUAUAUUUCUUGUACAAGUGUAGAUGUUGCGUCAUAAAAGCUUCAGGGCUUUUAUUUUGAAGCCCAGACAUCCUCAUGCACCGGAAGUUACCGGAAGUUGGAGCUAGCUGGCGCCUCGUCGUAACGGCGAGUCCCGUUUUUUGUUUUUAAGAUGUCUAAAGUCCAAAUGCUGAGGUCGUUGGUGACGCAGCGACUAACUGUGGCUGCUGAAGAGAUAUUUGGGCUGUUUGAGAGAACGAUAUCGGAGUACGAGGAGGAACUUUCUCGCGCAAAAGAGGAGAACGAGCGACAGCGGAAGCUACUGGAGCUGCGCGUGGAACCGGAAAUAAACAGAGCAGAUGUCUUAUCAUCUAUCGUCUUCAAAGUUAUUGAGAAUAAAGACGAGGUUUCCCCCGAGCGGCAGGAGUGGAGCUCCACUGUGGACCAGGAGGACCCAGAGCCCCCGCACAUUAAAGAGGAAGAGGUGGAACUGUGGAGCAGUCAGGAGGGAGAGUGGUUUCAAGGGCUGGAGGAGGCUGAUGUCACCAAGUUCCCUUUCACUCCUGUCCCUGUGAAGAGUGAAGAUGAUGAGGAGAAGCCUCAGUCUUUACAGCUUCAUCGGAGCCAAACUGAACAUAUGGAAACAGAAGCUGAUGGAGAGGACUGUGGAGGACUAGACCCAGAGCUAGAUACUGUUCACGAGUCAGGGGACCUUUCCGAACUCCAGAUUGAUUUCAGUGACGUGUUGAAGGAGACCAGAGAACCUUUGUCAGGUUUAAAUAUUCUAAAAAAUAACAUAUGUAACACCGACAAGAAAUCAUUCUGCUGCUCCGAGUGUGGCAAACAGUUUAGCCAGAACUCAAAUCUGAAGACACAUAUGCGAAUCCACACAGGGGAGAAACCAUUCGGUUGCUCGAUUUGUGGCAAAAGAUUUAUACAGAAGGUUCAUCUGACGUACCACGUGGCCCGUCACACGGGGGAGAAACUGUUCAGCUGCAGUGUGUGUGACCAAAGAUUCACUUGGCUUUAUCAGCUCAAAAACCAUCAGUGUGUCUAUCGUCCGUUCUCAGAGGCAGAGCCUCCUCCAGCUAGCAGCUCGACUGAACACAUGGAAGCAGAAGCUGACUGAGAGGCCCCACACUGUUUUGCACCAAGGACCGAAGUCCUUCUGGGCGAUAUUGGAAUAAAUUACUACAAGAAACAAUUUAGCUGCUCUGAUUGCGGUAAAACAUUUGGCCGCAAGACUCACCUGUGGGAGCACGUGCGAUCUCACACAGGAGAGAAACCAUUCAGCUGCACGGUCUGCAAGAAGUGUUUCCCGUGGAGGAGACACUUACAGAGACACAUGCGAGUCCACACAGGCGAGCAAAGACUGAGCUGCACUGUUUGUGACAAGACGUUCAAUUGGCCGUAUCAGCUCAGGCUCCAUCAGUGUGUCGGCGAGUCGUCGCAGGUUCACGACGACCAAACACAGAGUCAUCGAGACCCUGACGGUGAGAUGAGACGCCUUCCUAAGAAACAGUUUCCCUGCUCUGACUGCGGGAAAGUAUUCGGGUACAAGGACUCCCUGCUGAGGCACAUACGAUGCCACACAGGAGAGAAACCGUUCAGCUGCUCAGUGUGUGGGAGACAGUUUAGAGAACGGGGGAAUCUGGGACAGCACAUGGUCAUCCACACUGGGGAGAAACCUUUCAGCUGCAGUGUUUGUGACCAAAGAUUCAGCUGGCGGAAACAGCUCAAGAAACACAAGUGUGACGGUGAGAUCAGCAGGAAAUGAACUCCCCUGUCUGGAAGUCUGCACUGCUGCAUACUGAUGGACUUCAUGAUAACCCAUGCGAAGUUAUGCAUCUGACGCCGCCAAGUGCCGCCGCAGACGGUCCAGGAGCUGCCCUGAUCCAGGUCUGGGAGGAGAUCCCCCACCGACAGGUAUCCACACUGUGAAACCUGAAUGACCAGUGCCAACAGAAGGAAGACCUCAUGUGUGGAGCGGUGUGUUUGGUGCCAUUCAUCUGGACUGUGGAGAAGGGAAACUGCAUGGACAACAUCCUGAGCUCUCAAAUGGGUCGCGAUUAUGAUGCUAGAAAAAGCAGCAAAAUGCCCUUAGUUAUAGUGUAGUGAUGUAUGUUAAUCUUGCCACAGUAUCACCCUAAAAAUGGUACAGUAACCAUACUGUUGGUACCAUCCACAACUUUCAUAAUAUGGACCAAACUGAACUGAACUUUUUUUUAUAUUUCCCUCCUACUUCAGGUCACCUAUUGCAGAGGUUCCUGCUGGGUACUGUAGUUUUUUUCUUUCUGGAGACGAGGUCAUUAAGAGGGAGUCCCUCCAUUUUAGUCUUGGCUCAGUCUGUGUAAUUUGAGCUGGGAAGCUGAUCUAAAGCUGUGGAUUAUUAAUGCCCCCGAACCUGAGCAGGGAACACAGAUGACGACCAAAGACGGACUUUUAAUAUUCAAAAUUUACAAACACACGUGAGUGAGCUUUCAGGUGCGUUGGGUAUGUCGGCAAUGACUGCAGAGGUCACCUGGGCGCAGUUUGGUCAUUUGAUGGUGAAUCUCUCUCAGAUGUGCUGUCCCCAUGGCCUGUGGCUUAACUGGCCUGAUCAAAGUUUGAUGAGCGGGGCUUAGUAACAUUACACGGGACAGAAAACACUGUGGCUCUCUGUGGUGGAGCUCUGCUGGUCCUCCGCCUGGCAUGAGGGUGUAGGGCUAGGGGAAACGGGGUGACUGUAAGCCUCUGCCAGUGAGUGUUGUUUGACAGCAGACAAGCUGCCAGACUGUGUUGUGGUUUUGAUUCCAGCUUAAGAAACAACUUCUCAGGCUCUUAACCAGUUGGUCGAAUGGUUCAUAAUUAGGUGUGAGAACCGCAAUGGAACCAAUAGGGAUGUCAGAAACAGCUCAGGUUGUAUGGUGUGUCACAUCCUUCCUCUAACAAUUAUCUAUAAACUACCCACACAACAGCCCCACUUAUCAUCAUCAGUACGUUUAGAUGAGUUCAGCCUGCUCCACUCUUCUUAUCCAACGAACAUAAUUAAUGUACAACUCUCGGAGCGGUUUAAGCAAAUGCUAAACAGGGCUAAGCAACGGGACAAAAAGGAUCCGGAAAGAGGGAUGGGGAUGGGGAGGAGGGAAGCAGGGGAGGAGGGGAGGAGUGUGUCACAGAGAGUUAACACUGGUUUCAGUUGUUGCAGGCUUUCAUUACUGCAGCGCGGCAUGCAGGGGGACAGAAGCAGCUCCUGGGCCAUAUGAUCUGUUCCAGCUCUGCGACUGGGACUCAGGGAUGAUCCUGCAACAGAUGGCAGAAGAGUGAGACCACAACGAAUGGCUUCCACAGGGAGUGGCCUCCGCAUCCAGGGGGAUGACAACCUCCAGUCCAUGCUGGUGGGGACCAUAAUGAGGAAAAUCAAGUCUCGUACCUGGAAGAAGCAACGCUAUUUCAAACUGCAGGACGACUGCAUGACCAUCUGGUACCAAUCCAAGAAGGCUGGCAACACCCACUCCACAAUUUCAGUGAGUGAUGUGGAGGCAAUACGAGAGGGCCACCAGUCCGAGGUGCUGCUCAGCAUCGCCGAUGAGUUCCCGGCUGACCGAUGCUUCACGCUGGUCUUCCGCGGUCGCAGGGGCAACCUGGACCUGGUGGCUGAGUCAGCCGAGGAGGCUCAGUCCUGGAUCAGAGGCAUGAGGAAGCUGAUUGACAACCUGGAGAACAUGGGGGAGCGGGAGAAACUUGACCAAUGGAUCGGUGACUGGUUCAGGAAAGCAGACAAGAACAACGAUGGGAGAAUGAACUUCAAGGAAGUGCGGGAUUUACUGAAGAUGAUGAACGUGGACAUGAAUGAGCACCAUGCUCAUCGUCUCUUCACAAUGGCCGAUAAGUCCCAGUCGGGUACACUGGAGGACGAUGAGUUUGUUCUCUUCUACAAGAUGCUGACCCAGCGGGAGGAUGUAUUACGGGUUUUCCAGGAGUACUCAGCUGAUGGCCAGAAGUUAUCCCAGAGUGACUUGGAGGACUUCCUGAGAGAGCAGCAGCUGGAGGGGGGUGACAUCCAGCAGCAUGCCAAGCAGCUCAUUGAGCGCUAUGAGCCCUCUGACACAGCCAAGCAGCUGAGUGCCAUGACGUUCGAUGGCUUCUUGAUGUACCUCGGCUCAGCUGAGGGCUCCAUCUUUCACCCACAGUGGCGGGGUGUCUUCCAAGACAUGACCCAGCCGCUGUGCCAUUACUUCAUCUCCUCCUCUCACAACACCUACCUUAUGGAGGACCAGCUCCGAGGACAAAGCAGCGUGGAGGGGUAUAUCAGAGCUCUGAGUCGUGGCUGUCGGUGUGUAGAGGUGGACUGCUGGGAUGGUGCCAAUGGAGAACCCAUCGUUUAUCAUGGACACACUUUCACCUCCAAGAUACUCUUCAAGGACGUGGUCAAUGCAGUGGGCAACUAUGCCUUCAAGGUAUCUGAAUAUCCAGUCAUCCUGUCCAUCGAGAACCACUGCAGUGUUGAGCAACAAAGAGUCAUGGCCCAACACCUCAACAACAUCCUCGGUGACAAGCUGCUGAAAAGCACAUUAGAUGGAAAGGCCCCCAUUGGGCUGCCAUCUCCUGAGGAUCUUAAGGGGAGGAUUCUGCUGAAGGCGAAGAAAAUCGGUGGUCUGGAGGAGAGUUUCAACGGGAUGGUGGAGGAGUCUCAGAGUGGAGAGGUCAGUGAUGAGGAAGAGGUGGCUGAAAUCGAUGAGGAUAACCUCCACCGCGAGAGUGUCCGUCGCAGGAUUAAGAAGUCAAAGCAGCAUCUGUCCAAGGAGCUGUCAGACUGUGUCGUCUACUGCAAAAGCGUCCACUUCAGUAACUUCAAACACUCUCGCAUCCACUCCAAGUUCUACGAGGUCGCCUCUUUCACAGAGUCCAAGGCCCGCAAACACCUGAGAGAGGCUGGGGCUGAGUUUGUGCACCAUAACUCCCGGCAGCUGACCAGGGUUUAUCCCAGUGGCUUCCGAACAGACUCCUCCAACUUCAAUCCUCAGGAAAUGUGGAAUGCUGGGUGCCAAAUUGUUGCAUUGAAUUUCCAGACCGCCGGGGAGGGGAUGGAUCUGAAUGAUGGAUUGUUUAGUCAGAAUGGCAGCUGUGGUUAUGUCCUAAAGCCUGCUUUCAUGAGAGAGGCCGAGAAAAGAUUUGACCCUGAGACACCUCAGAAACGGGAUGGCUACCAGCCUGUCGUCCUUACGAUACAGGUGAUCAGUGGUCAGCAGCUGCCCAAAGUCAACAUCAAAGAGGAUUCGAUAGUGGAUCCUCUGGUCAGAGUAGAGAUCCACGGUGUUCCAAGCGACCAGGCCAAGCAGGAGACCAGAUACAUCGAGAACAAUGGCUUCAACCCCGUGUGGUACGACACCCUACGCUUCACCAUCCACUCUCCUGAGCUGGCCAUGGUGCGCUUUGUGGUGGAAGACUAUGACAAGACUUCAAAAAAUGACUUUGUGGGGCAGUAUACACUCCCUCUCAGCUGUAUACAACAAGGUUAUCGUCACAUUCACCUUUUGUCCAAAGAUGGGACCAGUAUUCCUCCCUCCUCCUUAUUCGUACACAUCAGGAUUACAGAACUGGAUAAACCUUCACUUUCCUAAUCCAGCGGAGGUAUCAGAAAGAACGUGCUCAGCACAUCUUAUUUAGUCAUGAUAGUUGAGUCAUUACUUCGCAUAGAAAUACUUCUCCUAACAUAGUAUUUAUUUUUAUUCUUGUUUUAUGUAAAUAAGUACUACGCCAAAUCUAUAGUGGUUCUUAGGCAGCAUAUGAGAAAUGCAUGUUUUUGUUUCCUCCAUUAUAAUGUGUGUAACUUGCUCCUGUGAUUGACUUGAACUUUGCUGCUCAUGUUUGGUGUCCCAGGUAUUUGUCCCUGCUGAAAUAUUGUGUCGUAAAGAAGAAUGUGCCAGCAACAUGUUUAGAUCAGGAUGAAUAUUUCUGUCAGUAUUUUUCCUUUAACAAACAGCACUUCAUGGACCAGUGUCACUGCUACAGUCCUCAGCUUUCACUUUGGCCAACACGCAGAGCUUGAAAUGCAGCUAUCUGCUGUCCAGUGAGCAGCUGCAGCGGAGCAGCUGGAGGCUGCGUUAUGAAGUCAUCCAGCUCUCCCAGUCACAAAAGAGAUUUCAACAGAUUACACCUGUGGCUGCUUCUUCCAUCAACACCAGACUCCUCUGCAUGUCGUUCUUUUUAAGCUAUUUACAGGCUGAAAUCUGAAUUUAGUACUCGUGAGCAGUCUUGUGUCAUGUGAUGUUAUUUUUGUGGUAUGUACAUAUUACCCAUUUGUGUAAAGGUGUUUUGAUAUGUCUAUUUUUGUAUACAUGGAAGCAUUCAUAUGUACUGUACAGCAUAGCACAGUGUUGUGUUUAUUUGCUUGUUUUUUAUUGUAGAAGACCUCAUAUUCAUUUGCCACAUCUAUCUGCAAAUACAUAUGAUUUUCAUUUAA